AUGCCAAAUGAUCAUAUCUCCACUGAACCUGUACCUGAUAUACACCCGAGAAACUUAGCAGAUGGUAUCGCAGGCAUUGAACACAAUGAUUGGAAGGAAGACACGAGUUUACCCGUGAAUGCACUACAUGAUUCUCGUGAUGCCUUUCCUUCAUGGAACAACGACGACUGUCCCAUUACACAGGCUGAGAUAUACCAUAUCUUUGAGAAGCUACGCGACAAAUUUGGUUUCCAAUGCUCCAGCAUGGAGAAUAUGUUUGACCACUUGAUGAUACAACUUGAUUCUAGGGCGUCUAGGUUCCAUCCUCUCCAUGCCUUGACAUCGUUACAUGCCUCAUACAUCGGUGGUGAGAACUCCAACUAUAAAAAAUGGUUCUUUGCAGCACGGCUCAAUUUAGAUGAAGAGGUUGGCUUCUCGAACAUGAAGUUAUACGGCCUGGCACACAGACGCAACAAAAAGAUAGCCAAAAGGAAGAAUGUGGAUAUCAAGGAGGCUCGUAAAAGGGCAAAGGUACUGCAGGAUGAAUUUGCAGACAAUUAUAUGAAGAUACAGUACACACCCGAGGAAUUGGAGAGGAACUUUGAUUUCAUAAUCGCAGAUUAUAAGUGGAAGAUGAAGAUGCAAGAUCUAACACCUGCACAACAAGUUGAACAAAUAGCUCUAUACUUGUUGAUAUGGGGUGAAUCAAAUCAAAUGAGAUUCUUACCAGAGUGUAUUUGUUUUAUUUACAAAUGUGCUUACGAUUACUACGUAUCACUUGAGUGCCAAUCUUCGAAUGAAAAGGUUCCAGAAGGCGAGUUUUUGGACAGCAUUGCAACGCCCAUAUACAGGUUUUUGAGGGGUCAAAUAUACAAGAUCUCAAGUGACGGUUCCAUGACUCGUCGGGAACGAGACCAUAAGGAUAUUAUAGGAUACGACGAUGUAAAUCAGUUAUUUUGGUAUCCAGAAGGGAUUGAACGUAUUAAAAUGAAGUCAACAGGGGAACGCUUGGUUGAUAUUCCAUUAUCUCUAAGGUACUUAUCAUUGAAAGAUGCUGACUGGGGGAAUGCAUUCUACAAGACUUAUCGAGAGACAAGAACCUGGCUCCAUUUAGCCACAAACUUCAAUAGAAUAUGGAUAAUUCACCUCUCGUCCUUCUGGUUCUUCACCUGUUUCAAUUCUCCAACUCUCUACACCCACAAUUACAUGCAGUUAUUGGAUAACCCACCCACAAAACAGAGCCAACUCUCACUGAUAGCGCUUGGAGGUACUCUUGUUUGCUUUAUUCAACUUCUCGCAACAAUUGCAGAAUGGCAUUUCGUUCCUCGAGAAUGGCCUGGAGCCCGACUGUUGUUUCCAAGAUUUUUGUGCUUGGUAUUGAUCACGGUUAUUAAUGUAUCACCAUCGGUGUUCAUAUUUGGAUAUUUCGACUUGGAAACACAUUCCAAUUUUGCCUACAUGUUAUCAAUUGUACAGUUGGUUAUCGCUAUAAUUACAGCCAUAUACUUCGCUUGGAGACCUCUUGGGUCACUUUUCACCUCUAAGACAUUCUCGGGCCAGAAUAGAAGCCAUGUUGCAUCUCAAACAUUCACUGCAGCGUUUUCGAAGCUUCAAGGUCGAAGUUAUUGGUUUUCAAUCUUUCUCUGGUCUUCUAUCUUUCUUGCCAAAUACAUCGAAUCUUACUUCUUCUUGACAUUAUCUCUAAAAGACCCAAUCAGAGUCUUAUCGAUAAUGGAGAUGACGCGCUGUGUUGGUGAUGUAUAUAUAGGAACGUUCUUAUGCAGGCAUCAGGCGCAUAUAACACUAGGGUUGGUAUAUCUGACCGACUUGAUAUUGUUCUUCCUCGACACAUACUUAUGGUACAUUGUCUGCAAUUGUAUAUUCUCCAUGAUGUUAUCAUUUGCGUUGGGAAUCUCCAUCUUGACUCCCUGGAGGAACGUCUACUCAAGGUUACCCAAAAGGAUAUACUCUAAAGUUAUUGCAAGUGCUGAUAUGGAGGUAAAAUACAAGCCAAAGAUCUUAAUCUCCCAGGUUUGGAAUGCAGUGAUAAUUUCAAUGUACAGAGAACACUUAUUACCUGUCGAGAUGGUACAUAAACUUCUUUAUCACCAGGUCCCCUCUGAAGUUGCGGGAAGGAAAACAUUGAAGUCACCAAGCUUUUUCAUUGCACAUGAUGAUUCGACAUACAAAUCAAGUGAGUUCUUCCCACCAAAUUCUGAAGCUCAAAGACGUAUAUCCUUCUUCGCACAGUCACUUUCAACUCCUAUACCAGAACCGAUAGCUGUGGAAUGUAUGCCUGUUUUUACUGUUUUGAUUCCUCACUACGGAGAGAAGAUUAUUCUUUCCCUCAAAGAGAUCAUUAAGGAGGCUAAUAUGAACACAAAGAUCACCCUAUUAGAGUAUUUGAAGAAGUUGUAUCCAACAGAAUGGGAGUGUUUUGUCGCUGAUACUAAACUGAUGGCAAAGGAUAAUGGACUCUUACCAGAUGCCAGAACCAAAUUUGACACGACCCGGAAAAAGUCAACACCGAUUCUUGAGAACGAGGAAAUUCCGAUGUCAUCAGAUGAUAAUAUGAGACGGACAAAGAUAGAUGACUUACCCCUUUACUGCCUUGGAUUCAAGGAUGAAUCUCCGGAAUACGUUUUGAGAACAAGAAUAUGGGCGUCCUUGAGAACUCAGACGUUAUACCGGACGGCUUCUGGGUUUGUUAACUAUGUUCGGGCAUUGAAACUUCUUUAUCGAAUUGAGAAUCCAGACAUGGUUCAAUUUUACAAGAAUGAUCAGCAGGCGUUAGAGGAUGACUUAGAGAUAAUGGCUCACAGAAAAUUCAAGAUGGUGAUUGCGAUGCAGAGAUUGGCCAGUUUCAAGGCCCAUGAAAGAGAAGAAACCGAUUUUCUUUUGAAAGCUUUCCCUGAAAUAAAAGUGGCCUAUCUUCUGAAAGAAAAGAACCCAAAUGAUCCUGAUGGAGAACAGGUCUUUUACUCCUGUCUUAUUGAUGGAUACUGUAAAUUGGAUGACGAUGGAAACAGGAUCCCCAUUUAUAAGGUACGUCUAUCAGGGAAUCCAAUUUUGGGCGAUGGAAAGUCGGAUAACCAAAACCAUGCCUUGAUAUUCUAUCGAGGCGAGUAUAUACAAGUCGUUGAUGCCAACCAAGAUAACUAUUUAGAAGAGUGUAUCAAGAUAAGAUCACUCUUAGCUGAGUUCGAAGAGUUGAAUUUGGACACGCCACUACCUUAUAUACCGGGUAUCAUCACGAAGAGGGCACCAGAUCCUGUGGCUAUAGUAGGUACACGGGAAUACAUAUUUUCGGAGAAUAUUGGUGUUCUUGGAGAUGUUGCAGCUGGAAAAGAGCAGACGUUUGGAACAUUGUUUGCAAGAACAUUGGCAGAAAUCGGGGGGAAAUUGCAUUAUGGACACCCAGACUUUCUCAAUGCAAUAUUUAUGACUACUCGUGGUGGUAUAUCCAAAGCCCAGAAAGGAUUACAUUUAAAUGAAGACAUAUACGCUGGAAUGAAUGCCUUAUUGCGAGGAGGAAGAAUCAAGCAUUGUGACUAUUACCAAUGUGGAAAAGGACGAGACUUGGGUUUUGGAUCCAUUUUGAACUUCACUACGAAGAUUGGAGCUGGGAUGGGAGAGCAAAUUUUAUCAAGGGAGUAUUAUUAUUUGGGAACUCAGUUACCACUUGACAGGUUCCUUUCCUUCUAUUAUGCACACCCUGGAUUCCAUAUCAAUAAUCUCUUCAUUGUUUUGUCAGUGCAGAUGUUCAUGAUUGUGUUGGUUAACAUAGGCGCUUUGAAACACGAAUCAAUCAUCUGCAAGUACGACAAAGAUGUUCCUUAUACAGACCUUCAGGAACCAUUGGGCUGCUACAUGCUUCAACCUGUGCUUAACUGGGUUACAAUUUUCAUCUUCUCCGUCUUCCUUGUAUUUUUUAUUGCUUUCACUCCUCUUCUCAUUCAAGAGAUGACAGAAAGAGGUCUUUGGCGAGCAUUUGCACGAUUCUUCCAUCACAUUAUCUCACUCUCACCACUUUUUGAGGUAUUUGUGUGUCAAAUUUAUGCGAAUUCGUUGUUGACCGAUGUAACUUUUGGUGGGGCUCGAUAUAUCAGUACAGGUCGUGGGUUUGCAAUGUCAAGAGUUCACUUUUUCUAUCUCUAUUCCAAGUUCACAUCAUCCUCAAUAUAUGCGGGAGCCAAAAUCUUUUUGAUGUUGCUAUUCGCAACGUUAACUAUAUGGCAACCGGCGUUGCUAUGGUUCUACAUUACAUUGGUAUCAAUGAUCCUUGCUCCGUUUAUUUUCAACCCUCACCAGUUCUCUUUUCAGGAUUUUUUUGUUGAUUAUAGGGACUUCAUUCAUUGGCUAUCCAGAGGUAACAAUAAUCAUCGUUCAAAUUCAUGGAUUUCAUUUGUCAAGCAUUCUCGUGCUCGCUACACUGGAUACAAGAAGCGCAUGAUUGGCGAUCCUUCUGAAAUUGGUGUGCAAGAAGUUAGAAAAUCACGUAUUUGGGAUACCUAUUUUACAGAAUUGAUUGUGCCCUUGUUGAAUGGGAUAUUCUUAUUUUUUGCAUACAGCUUCAUUAACUCACAGAAUGGAGUAAGGAAUGUCAAGCUGACUAAGGCAAUACUAAGGUUGGUAAUUUUGACUUUUCUUCCCAUCGUCAUAAAUGCAGUUAUUUUAGCUGUUGUAUUCGGAGUCUCUAUUUUGGCUGGGACUCUUUGUUUCUUUACUUCCCUAGCGUCAGUUUUUGCAUCAUUCACUCAUGCAUUGUCAGUUUUGAUCUAUGUUGGCCUAUUUGAGUUGGUCUGGUUUCUUGAAGGAUGGAACUUUGUGAGAUCUCUCUCUUGCCUUCUUUGUAUUAUUAGCUUUCAGGAAGUUGUGUUCGCAUUUUUAUCCACUCUUGUGCUUAGUAGAGAGUACAAACAUGAUAAAUUCAACCGCAUGUGGUGGUCUGGUCGUUGGAUCAGUAAGAAAGUUGGAUGGAGACUGAUAUUGGCUCCAUCGAGGGAAUAUAUUGUGAAGAUAAUGGAAAUGAGUCAGUUCGCAUUGGAUUUCAUAUUGGGGCACUCCAUUCUUUUUGUUCAGACACCGUUUGUUUUCAUACCUUUUAUUGAUAAGUUCCACACAAUGAUUUUAUUGUGGUUGCAACCUGAUAAACAACACAAGAGAUUUUUUACAAAGAGCAAAAAGAGACGUCGUCUUGUAAUCGUGGUGAAGUAUUUCAUUCUUUAUUUCCUAGUGAUUGGAAUGUUCAUGAUGCUGCUUCUUGUACCUUUGCUUACCGCUAAAUACAUUCCAGAGUUGUAUUUGUCAUUGGAAGACGGUCCUCUUAAUGGUCUAAUACAACCAAACAAUCAAUGGAAUGACGAUACUGGUGUGAAUGUUACAAGCACGAUUAUUACUACAACCGGUACUAUGCCUGUUUUCAAAACUCACCCUUGGUGA